CGCUGGCCUUGCCCUGCGGGUAGGGGGUGGGUAUGCGCCCCCCAGCCUCGCCCCCGGGCGCGGCGCUGCCGGUGCCUCCGUCGGCGAGGCAGGAGGUGUGCACGUUAGCCGGGAGCCGCGAGGCGGGGCAGGGCAGCCCGCAGCCCCUAGCCGCUUUCCCAGCCGGCUGCUGCCGUGCGCACCGCCCUCGCCCGCUGAUGCAAUCAGAACCCGCAAGUGGCGGCAGCGGCCACGGUGGCGGCAGUAGACUGAUAGUCCGGCCCUGAGCCCGCGCAGUGCGCCGCCGCCACCCUGAGCUGCAGCCGUGUGCUCAGUGACCGCGGGGUUCCAAAAGCUGCGCUUCUCGAAACGAGAGCCUGCUCCGCCGCGGCAGGGAGGUACCGCCGUUUGCCAGCAUGAUGAAGGGCUGUCAGAAUGAGUGCACAACUGGAGGAUGUUUGGGAGAAACAGCAAAGCAUACAACAGAAUCUUUCAAGGCUUCAGACUUGAUUAUCACCCCAGCUACAACUUUCAAGGAAAAACCAGACCCGAGUGGUUUGGUUUUUGGAACUGUGUUCACUGAUAAUAUGCUGACAAUUGAAUGGUCCCUGGCUUCAGGUUGGGAGAAACCUUACAUUAAACCACUUGAGAACCUUUCAUUGCAUCCAGCCUCCUCAUCUCUGCAUUAUGCUAUAGAACCAAGAGGACAGACAGAGGAGAAUCUGGUGCCAAUGCUGUGGCUCAAUGAAUACACAUUGUUUGAAGGAAUGAAGGCUUACCGAGGAGUGGAUGGCAAAAUCCGCCUGUUCCGGCCCACCCUCAACAUGGACAGGAUGGUGCGUUCAGCAAAACGAGCAACUCUGCCAUGUUUUGACCAGAACGAGCUGUUAGAGUGCAUUCGAAAGCUUGUGGAGGUGGAAAAGGAAUGGGUCCCUUACUCAACGGCUGCCAGCCUGUAUAUCCGUCCUACCUUAAUUGGAACUGAGCCCUCCCUUGGAGUGAAGAAGCCGAGUAAAGCCCUGCUGUAUGUCAUAAUGAGCCCUGUAGGCCCUUACUUUGCAGGUGGAUGCUUCAGCCCUAUAUCCCUGUGGGCAGAUCCAAAAUAUGUGAGAGCCUGGAAAGGAGGAACAGGGGAUUGCAAACUGGGAGGGAAUUAUGGUUCUUCUAUUUAUGCCCAACAAGAAGCCAUGGAGUUUGGCUGCCAGCAGGUUUUGUGGCUCUAUGGAGAAGAUCACCAAAUAACUGAAGUUGGAACAAUGAAUCUAUUUCUCUACUGGAUAAAUGAAGAUGGAGAAUAUGAGCUGGCAACCCCACCUCUAGAUGGCAUCAUCCUUCCAGGAGUGACAAGACAAAGCAUUUUGGAUCUGGCACGCAACUGGGGAGAAUUUAAAGUAUCUGAGCGAUACAUAACCAUGAGUGACCUGACAACUGCCUUGGAACAGAACAGAGUGAAGGAAAUGUUUGGUGCUGGAACAGCUUGUAUUGUAUGUCCUAUCUCGAAAAUUUUAUAUAAGGGCAAGCAUUUGCACAUUCCAACUAUGGAGAAUGGACCUCAGAUAACCACCCGUUUCCUGAAUAAGCUCAGUGAUAUCCAGUAUGGAAGAGAAGACAGUGAUUGGGCCGUGCUGGUGUCAUGAAGGUGGAGGAGGAGUUCAGCCCCUCCAGACAGAACACACAUGAACAACGACGACUUCUGUAGCUGCCUGUGGGUAGCAUAUCUUUCUGUGUCAGUUUUCUCUCCAAGAUGAUUUUUUCCACAAUCCGGUGAAUCUGAACACAAUCGUUUUGAUUUCUACUGUAAUCCUAUUAGUAGAAGCCUAUAUUCUUGAUAGAGGUGCUAAAUAUUAGCAAUAGAACUUUCUUGAUGGUCUUCUUAGUGCCUCCUUGUGUCUUACGUACAGUCUGAAAACUUGUAAAAUGCUCUUCAACUGCUCUUCAAUUUGGUUUGGUUUAACUGCCAUCACCAGCAUGUUGUCAUAAAACACAAAGCUGUUGCCAGUUAGUUGGCCACAGGGUUUUAUUGAUAUUCUCUGUUUAGGAAACAAUUUGUUUUAGCCACGUGCUCUUUUCUUUCAUCUUCUGCUUGUACAGGGGACUCCUGAGUUUGCAUAGCCCUCUAGAUCCCUCAUGUAUACCCUGUCAAGUAACAGUUCUGUGCUUUAGCCUAAAAUUCUCUGAGUCAGUCUGGCCUGCAGUAUGCUCCCUGUUGGCUUACUGCCUUUCCCUCCAUGGGGAUAUGCAGUGGCUUCUUGGGCAGUGUAUGUCUCUUGAACAGUUGAAUACAUCCUUCUAUUCAUGAUUUACAUUGCUAGGUCAGGGCAUGCUGAGACAAGAAUUACUCUUUGUCUAGUCUGGGCAGGGCACUGCAGAAACAGCAUUGGCCUUCCAGGUGAAUGCCAAGAAAAGAUUGGACAAUUGUGGCUGUAAAAAUUGAACCACUCUUCACAGCAGUUAAACCCAUGGGCUGAGGAUUUUUUUUUCCUCAUCCCAUCACAAAAUUUAGAUUAGCAAAAGUUAUUCUUGUCCCUUUUCCCACUCACGGUGAAAUGUGUCCAGCCUCCAAUGACACAUGUAAUAGGGCCUUCCUAUUAAGGAAUAAACUAUGUUGUUGACAGAAAAUACCUAGUACAAGAAGGAAAGAGAUUUCAUUCAAACCCUGAUUUCACUCCAGUUAAACAUCUAUUUCUUCAUGUACUACUGCUCUCUCACUGAAAGCAGCAGAGAGCAUGUAGCCCAUAGGGAAAAAACUUCUGCUAAUGUCCACUAACGUCAUACUGUAGUAUUUAUUAGCUUUCUCUUUUUGCACACAGCUUUGUCAAACAGCUUUAAGAUCUCUCUUGCCAAAAAGGAUCACCAUCUUCUGUAUCAAUGUUCCAAAGUGCUGCUUCAUUAUGAAACUGGUGGAGCUUUGUUGACACUGGCAGAGUCAGUAAAGGCGUAAAAGUGAAACAUUUAUUACCAUAGUUAGCAGUAGAGAUGCUCCAGUAUUAAGGAAAAUAUUUAGCUCUUUGUAGACCAAACAGUAUCUCUCACAUGCUUUAUAAGUCCUGUGUAGUUAGUGGCAUUUAUUAACAUAGUUUAAAAAGGCAAAAUACAGUUUCUGGUAGACCACCCAUGCCUUAACUGUUAAAAAGUAGCCUUAUGGCUUUCCUGUUCAUUUUUCGGUUAGAUUUUAAAGACAGCCCCUACUUAGCCAUCAGUUUCUUUUGCUUCCUCAAAUUAUGACUUUUACUACCUUUCACUGCAGUCCAGUCUGACCUUUUAAUGAAGAACAGUUGAAGGUUCUCUCUGACAGUGUUAAAUUUUGUCAGAUAGUUUUCUCUUUAGGAUACAACUGCAAGCACAAAAUGUCAUUUCACUUACAGUAGCAAUAGUAGCGUGUGUCCCUUCUGUGACCAUUUGGAUCUGUAUUGCACGCUAGUCUUUUUCAGUAUCUCACUAUGUAUCGCAAGAUGCUGUUAAUCUUUUUAUUUAAUUAGAUGGCUGGAAAAAUUCACAUGGGGAGUUACAUCAAAAUGCAGUGUGGGUUAGAGGGUAUAAUCCAAUGAGACAAGUAUCAUAACUAAAGAGUGCCUUUAACUAGAGUGUGAUGAGGAGCUCUCUAAAGAUUGUAUCAUGAGCAACCACAUGUGGCUUCCCAUCACUGAACUAUCUAAUCUGUCCCUUUAUGUUCAUCUUAGAUUUAGCAGCAAAAGGAAAAGUGGAACUAAGUAAUGCCAGAUGCAUGGAUCAUGACACCAUGGUACUGUGGUGUAAACCUAAAAGCUGUGUAAAACUUUUUUUAAAACGGGUGGAAGUAAUUUCAUGUGAAGAAACCAGGUGGUUUCAUUUAUUGUAGUUUGCACUGUCCACUGCAGAGGCCAGAGACACAACUUUACUUUCAUUGCACCUCCAAAAUGAUGGGAGUUGAAACUGGAAUGACCCACAGAAAUGUUUAGUCUUUUCUAACAGGGAGGAAUGGAAAGACAUAGUGUGUGUUAGCUGUUGUCUUCAACAUAUUGGUUAAUUGCUUUACCCUGGCUGCAUCAACUCAAAGUUGUGCUUGUUUCCAGAUGGGAUCCAGGUGAACAGGUUCUAGAUUUUAAACUUUGAAACUUUGAAAUAAGGCAGAUGACAAGUCAGCAUAAUACACAAAAUUCUUCUAUUCCAUGCUGUCCUACCCUGCAUUCUGCCACUUCUUUUUUUUCAUCCUGUUAACCAAAGGAAAGAAAUAGUAUUUGUAAAUAAUAGUAUUUGGUAUUGCAUUCUUCCUGUAAAAUUUAGGAAGGAACUGUGGUGCUCCUUGAGCUAAUAAUAGAUUGUAAAAGAAUGUCUGCACGUAUUUCCUCCAUGUGCCCUGUUCAUUUAAUUGAAACAUAUUUACAUAGAGUAUGGUUCAUCAUAAGUAGGCAAUUAUCCAUUCUUCAUCACUUAGUUAUGUUUCUGCUAAUUGAUGAUUUAAAGACAUAAGAUAGUCUGCUAUUAGGAGAAUUUGAGACUUCAUAAAAAAUCAAAAUAAUAUUGUUUUGUCAUAUUUGCAUAACUGACUGCAAUUACUUCAUGUUUAAUUGGGUUGAUCAAAUGAGAUUCAGCCUUUCACAUGCUUAUGUUUUACCAACAGUGUUACUUUAAAAUUAUAAUAAUAUACUCUAAUUUUUGUAUGUUCUUUCUUCUCCCCUUCAUUGUUGUGAUGAUUAUUUUCACUAUUGAGCAUAUCCUUAAUUUUCAAUUUGGUGAACAGAAUUCAUGCAUAGGAGGGAAGUGUUUCAAAUGAGACAACUGUUCACGAAACUAGCAUUUCAUCAAGCUGUUCUGAUGCCAAGAGUUAUAGCUUCAGCAACUGGCAUUACUUAACUAGAUUCUUAAUUGCAAUGAGGGCAGAUUUAGUGAGAAUUUACUGUGACAGACUCUGGUAAGAAUGCUAAUAAAGGUUCCUGCUUAGGGUAGAUAAGCUGUGGAAGCUGUGUCAGUGCAAAGCAAACUUAAUUUUUCUGGGAUACAAAAGGGAAAUCUGAUAAGACAAAAGCAAGACAGUGAGAGAUCUCUCUGCCCAGACAUUGUUUACACCUGUUCAACUAUCUCAAGCCAAAAAGCAGUUGUCCUCUACUCCUCUUUCUAGAUAAACUCUUGUUUAGGAUUUACCAUUCUUCAUGUCUGAGGAAAAGUAAGUAUGAAAUACAUAUACAAGAGAGGAUCAAGAAUAUAACUCUGCUAAAUUAGGUAAUGUGGGAAAUUGUGAUAUUUGAAAGAGGCAUUUGGAGUUAAAGUUAUUUAAAGUAUCUGUUAAGUAUGUGAUUUUCUAAGGACAUAGAGAGAAAAACAACUGGGACUGAUUUCACAGCUGCCUAAUUAGAGCAGGAACCCUCUUGAAAUCAAUGGCCUCUCCAAAAUUGUAUGUGUAAUCUCAACAGAUUGUUUUGUUUGAACUGUCUGUUGAUAGUGCCUUGCUAUGAAAUAGAAUAUAGAGAUGGUAGCACAGCCUGCCAGCCUAUGGUACAUCGACUCUCUGCACAGAUGCUAAGUUCUACUGUUCUAGCAGCAGGUGUAAACCAUGGUUUAGUGUGCCCUGAGGUAGACUGUUCCCUGCUUUCUCUCCUUUUCACACAGACUUGUAGCCCCUUUUCCACAGACUCCUAUCAUGAUGCUACUUACUCUCAAAUCUCAAAGUAACUAAGCAAAUGUUGCAUUCUUUUUGCUUUUAGCAGUACUUACAGUUUUAAAAAAAAAGAUUUGUAGGUGUUCAGGUGCCAGAAUUGCACUUUACCACCUGCUUACGUAAUGCCUGAAAAAACUUUCUGACUCUGGACAAGUUAUCUCACUUCUAAGUGCAGAGUGCUACCAUUUACACCACUUCUAACUGUAAUCCAAAGUUUUGCAUAAAAAGAUAUUUCACUACAGGUCAAAUAAGCUUUCCAGAAUAUCUUUUAAGCAGUAGAGAAAGAUGUUCAUGUAAAGACCAGUAUUGCAAGGAUUGCUUUAGAGUAUAAGUACCUUCAUUGUGCAAGAGAAAACAUGUCAUUUGAAUUAGAAAUGUAUUUAAAGUUUGCUGUAUAAACCCAUAAACAAGUAUGUCAUUAAAAAUGUAAAGUAGCAUAGAAGAAGAUCUCAAAAAGAUAAUUCACCUCUAUCUCUCAAACAGUGUUGGCUGAAAGGAAUGCUUGGAGGAAGCAUCGCACUCCUCAAGGUAGUCAUUAGACUACAGCUGUUCUGGAGGUACUCUGUUGUGUAGCUCUUUAUCACUACAGAUUUUCUGAACUUCAAUAUUAAGUAGCUGAGGGUUGUAUUUUAUUGUACUUUGUCAAGAUUUGGAAAACUAAUUCCUAAGUCCUAAAUCAUUUAAACUAAAUAACUUCUUAAUAAGUAUUUAUAUUUUCAGUCAAAAUAGCAAAAGAAAGUCCCAGUAUCACACUAGUGAAAAAUAACUGUUGCAGCAAUCCUUCUGUUCAUGCCAUGCUUUAAGCAUGAUGGUUAUUAGUGGGAAUUCCAAGGUAUUUCCCCUGACUAUGUAAAAUCUGAAUGCCAUCUGUUGCCAGCUCCAAACCCAAAAUGUAGCAAUUACCUUGAGCUAGAACAAUUAAAUGUAUUAGGACUUAGCAGGUGGAAUUAGUAACUCAGAAAUAAAUCUCCUUAACUACAUUCAAACUUAAUAAAAAUGAUGGUGUUUAAAUUCAAUUGUAAUAAUAGUGUGUCUAGAUCCUCAUCCCUCUCUCUGAACACAAAUUAAUACCAUUUGCUUAUUGUAAAACUGUAUUGUGUCUGAUUUUUACCACAUCCUGAAUUCUUAAUGCCAUGCUUUAAAAAGAAGAAUCUUGAAUUUCAUGCUUAUAGGAAGAUCAUAAGGAGGCUUUAAAACCUUGCUAUAAAAUGUUGAAGUCUUUAAUAUAUCUGCUGGGUAAAGUUAAGGUAGAAAAUGAAAAGACAACCUUAUGAAAGUAAUUAACUACAGUGUUCCAAAUGGUUUUUCAACACUGAUAGUUUUGGGGGUUUACCAAAGAGGUAUAUGCAGAGAAUAGUAGAUAAAAUAAGUGUUGUUCUUUUUUUCCUAAGAGCUGGUUCUCUUAAUAAUACUAACUUUUUGUAGGGCUCAAUUCUGCGAAGCUUAGAUAAGUCAUCUAAGUGUGAGAUGGAGAAGCUCAAAAGUUAUCUUGGGCAGCACUGUCUUGCAAGAACCAAUUUUGUCUCAUUUUAUGAUUAAAGCGAUCAAGACCGGAAUAUAGAAUCUUUUUAAAUUUUCACCUUUUGGUGAAAGUUUUGGUUUUCACGUUAGAAUUCUGUUACAGUGUCACUAAACUAUUGUCUUAAACAAUUGUGUUUCAGUAGGUUACGAGAAGAAAGAAACAUUCUUAUUCUUCAAGUAAUUACUUCCUUCCUAUAUGCCAAAUUCAUUCUUCAUUCUGCUUUAGUCAUUGCUAGAAUUGUGACCCCCUUCAGGUGAAACAAGAGGUUUUAUCUCUAUCGUGCUCACUAAUAUAGUCUUGAGUUUUUAGUAAGUAUUAAGUACUUGCAACAAAUGCAAAAGUGAGAAGUCUGUUUCCAGAACAGGCAUGCUAAGAAGUGAGAGUAAAAGUGUCCAUCAAGUCAGUCAAGAGAGGGUCAGAAGAAUGUCAUCACUAUUUUCAUUCACUCCCAAACAGAGACUACGCAGCUACCCCAAAUGUCUGGCAAGAUGGUAGGUUGUUAUUGCUAUUGAAGAAUGCUCAUAGGCAGUUGCUUAAAUUCCUGCAUUUGUGCCUACAGUUUCCUAACUUUUGCCCUAGUAUCUUUACUGAAACCUGCAACACACUCGUAUAUGCCAUGAAACAGGAAACUCUUAGAUCAAAACAAACAUGUAAUGUUGCAGAUCAUCUAACAGUGAGAAGCUGUUUUCUACAAGCCAUUUUCUAAUGGCCCAGUAGCUGACUAGAAUUGCAAGUAGGAGGCAAAUAUAUCCUUAAUUCUCUUUCAUAGUUGAGGACAUUGACAGAGUAAAAUUACUCCCAGGGAGAUGGCUUGGACUCUAACUUGGCCACUAUAGUAGAGAGUGAUGGAAUGCAAAAGAUUCUUUGCAUGAUGGAGACAAGCAGGGAUUUUAUCUGAAGCUAUUUGCUGUUUUCUUUGAAGUAGUAAAUUUGGAAAGACAGAUGUCCCAAUCUGCCUGACCUUCAAGGCAUUUUGAAGGGUGCAGUAGUAGUUACUGGAACUGUAGCAUAUAAGGAGUGGGAAAUGAGCAACUUAAGGAGAAGUAAACAGCUCUCUUUCCUCAAAAGUUAGAAUUAACUGGGUAUUUUACAAGGAUGUGAGCAUAUAAAAGCAGUCAAGUGUGGAAAAAAUACUGGAUAAACUGAAGGAAACUCUACCUCAUUCUUCACUGAAGGUUUUGUAGAAGCACAAUUAAGCACUCCUAAUGGCAUUGUUACGUACAGACCAUCUGGCAUGAAGAAACACUUUAUAUUUGUAUGUCUGUAAAUCCUGUAAUAACUGUGUUGUGCUGGCAGUAGAAACAGUCUACACUAUGUGCAGUUUUCCUCAUCAAAUCUGUAAUAAUGCAAUGUUUCUGUCUCCAAUAAAGGAAUUUAAUGGGCA